AUGGUGCUAUUCAAAGCUCCAAAGAAUGCGAUUCUCCGCUUCUCUCACGUUGAGAGAGAAUCAAGUGUCACAUCACCCUCCCAAACUCCUGCACUCGAUAGCAGUCUUGUCUUGCGCAACUCGCUGACAACAACCUCCGAUAUGCCUCAGUGGCAAAGCGCUCCGAUCUGCAAACUCCCUAUCGAAAUCAUCCAACAAAUAGCCUCCUAUCUCUCGCCCCCAUGCGGGGCUUCGUUCUGCCUAAGCACGCGCUACAUUUAUUAUGCAGUUGGAACCCAACAUCUCUCCACAUUCCUCUCAUUCGGGACUUCGAAGCUAGAAAACCGAAAGAAUAUCGAAGUGCUCGAGCGAGCGUUUCCGUCCAACUGGUACUGCGCUUGGUGUGAUAAGUUCCAUGCCCAUGAUCAAGCUAGUGGGCCUAAGAAUUGCGAUGGAGAAACCAAGAGGGAUUGCAAUGAGUACAGCAGCUACCUACAUGCGGGAAAAGACUACGUACUCACAUACCACCACGUCCGUCUUGCAAUGAACCGUCAUCUCUGGGGCCUAAAGUACGGCAUCCCCAUUUCGGAUCUCUCAUACAGCGCACAGCGCACCUCCAAACUCUUCAAAGAGAAAGUCCCCACAAACCUAUCCAUCUCCGCAAAAAUCGUCUCAGGUCAUCUCCUCCUCCACUCCGCCUUCACUAUCGCCCUGCCCCUUGCCGCUACAGAGCGCAAAUCCUUCUACCCGAAACUUCAAGCCGCUCUUCCACAAAUCAUUUUCGGCCACAGAAACGAUAAUUCAGGCCAUUCGGGUUUAAUGACAAGCGUCUAUCAAGCCCUCUGUAAACACUCAAAAUAUAACAUCCAGCUCUGCUCAACCUGCGCUACAGACUACCUUGUCCGCGUUCAUCCCCCAUCAUCCACCCCCACCUCCACCUCCUCUUCUUCCAGCCCCUCCGAGCACAUCCAACUCUCCAUUCAAACGUGGCGGGAUCUCGGAACCUGUAGAAACCCCUUUGACGCAUGUUGGCGCGCGCACGGCGAGAUUGGCGAUUCGCCGCCAGGCUUUGGUGGCGAUAUUGUCCGAUUGACGUCUUAUAAAGCGGGAGAGAUUAGAGAGGCUUUUGAGCUUGAGGUUCCCUUUAAGCAUGAUAGUGGGAUUAUUUUCAGGCCGCAGUUAGAAAUUUAA